AUGCUUUCCGCUUUUAAUACAACUUCAUACAUGAAUACAACUAGUAUUGGACUUAGGAGUGAUACAUCACACUCUUCGUUGAACCAGAUGCCUGAUGAUGGCAGGCUGGAGGACCCUACCCCAACCCCACUGAGUGCACAUUCUACUCCCAACGAAAAAGAAAUUGACAACAAUGACAACAAGACAACAAUCAAAAAGGCAAAAAACAUUCCUGUAGAGCUUACAGCUUAUGGCACAACCCCCUCGGGUAAACCUCGUUUAUUUGUUUGUCAAAUCUGUACUCGUGCAUUUGCAAGAUUAGAACAUUUGAGGCGACAUGAGAGAUCUCAUACAAAAGAAAAGCCAUUUAGCUGCGGAGUUUGUCAAAGGAAAUUCAGUCGGAGAGAUUUGUUACUACGUCAUGCACAAAAGUUACAUGCUGGGUGUACUGAUGCGAUCACCCGACUUAGACGUAAAUCCAUAAGACUGAAAGAUGAUGAUGGAGAUGACGAGUCUGGUACAGUAGCUCAAGAUGCAACAAAAGUUAAAGCUGAACCAGUUGAAUUCAACUUGAACUUGUUUGAUUCGAAAGCCAAUACUACUAAAGCGAAGGUGCUGAAAGCAAAACGCAACACUGCUAUUUCACAACAAUCUCCACUUCCAACAGGAGCAACAGUGACGCCUGCCUCGUCAACAUCAUCUUCCACGAGUGUUACUCGAAAAAGCUCCAAUCCAGCUAAUAUGAAAAGACAAGUACUAGAACAUAAAAGACAUACACCAGAUAUUACAAGCUCUUCCGGAAUUGCUAUAACCCCAACAAGAGCAAGAAGAGGGACAUCUUUCUCUGCACAAUCGGGAGCGAAUUAUGCAGUGAAUAUACCCGAAUUUAAUGAUGUCUACCCACAGAGUGAUAAUGUUGAAUUCUCGACCCCUCAGUUCUUACCAUCUAGCACUGCUGACGAAAUGAAUUGGCUUGAUAAUCUUGCUCAUAUACCCGGGUUAUCCGACUCAUCCAACAUUGUCAAGAUGCAACGCACAAGCUCUAUAACAUCUGGUAUUAAUGGGUACCCAACCCCACCUGUCAAUGUCAGUCAUCAUGGUUCCUUUUCCCAUCCCUCACAUUUCACAGCUAUGGGUCAAACUAGAACUGAUAGCGUUAAUAGCACAAACUCACAAUUUGAUGUAGGAUACAUGAUGCCAACUGUCACAUUGACGAGUCAGGAAAUUCAGAAUGGCGUAAAUGCACAUCAUCAACAUCAGCUACAACAGCAACAACAGCAACAACAGCAGCAACAACAGCAUCAGCUACAUAAACAGCAACAGCCACAUCCUCAGCAACCUCCACCUCAACCGCAUUCACAGCAACAACCCCCUCAACAGACAUUUCACCACUCUGGUCAACUCGAUAAGUACUUGGAUGGUUCAGGUUAUUCCUUCUAUGAUAUACCAGAUGAUGUAUUAGAUCAGGCGUUGCAUGUUGAUCCAUCGUCCCAUAUUCGAGUCUUGACUCCAAUACUCCAAGAGCCUGACGAAGAUCGUGCCCCUGGUAGAGCGGAUGAAAAUUUGAAUCCUGAAUGGAAUUUCCUUAAUGACAUUGACGAAUUAACUCAUGAAAUUGAUGUUGGAGCUAAGUUCAUGCCUGGAGGAUACUCUUUCUAUGGUGACCAAUUUUCAGCCAGCUCUUCUGGGGUUGAUGCUAGUUCGCCAGCAAAUUUGAAAUCUCCACCUAAAACCAACAGCUCUCAACUGAAUGUGGUGAAUCCAGUAAUUGAAAACACAAUUGAUCAGCAUACAUUACUAAAUAUGGAGAACAUGGCAACACCUCAAAGAGAACUUUUGGAGCAGAUGCCAAAGAUGAGAUUGGGAAACUUUUCCAGAAACAAGAUGUUUACCAACCAUAUGCGCCAGCUAAUCAAUCGCGCUUUAAACAAGUAUCCAAUAAGUGGUAUUUCCACCCCAGUUAUUCCUUCAAACGAAAAAUUGGAAUCAUUUCUUUAUCGAUUUGUUGAAGAUUUUUUAUGUCAUUUUCCAUUUAUACAUGUAUCAAAGUUAAAUGAGUAUGAGAUUAUGAGCAUGGCAUCUGAUGAAGAUGAAUCUAAUGAAAGUGCUAGAGUUUGUUUACCCUUGCUUGCGGCCACUAUCGGUGCUUUAUUGUCCAACAGCAAGAAUGAUUCGGAACACUUGUAUGAAGCGUCAAGAAGAGCCAUUCACAUUUAUUUGGAAAGUAGAAAGAAUCCUCCACAAGGCAGGGUGAAUGAUGGUGCCACAAAGAACCCACUUUGGCUUAUACAAUCGCUUUCGUUGUCUGUUAUUUACGGUUUGUUUUCUGAUAAUCCGAAUAAUGUGUUUAUCGUUAUGAGACAAUUGAAUGCAUUGAACUCACUAGUGAAGACAUCAAUAAAGAGUAAUGAGCCCAUAUUAUUUUCCAUCCAUGGUGAGGAUAGGAUGAUCUAUGACAAAUUUUUUGAUCCAAGUAGGAAACAAGCUGAAGAAAUUUCAUUAUUUUCCAACAGUUUGAGUGAUGAAUUGAAGUUUAAGAAUUUGAUCAAUAUGCAAUCACAAACUCGAAUUGUUUACAUUAUUUAUCGAUUGACCAAUUUCCUUUCCAUGUUGUAUAAUGUUCCCCUAACAUUAUCAGCUAACGAUUUAGAUGAAUUGGUUGUACCUAAUAGAAACGAGGAACACUUGUGGGGUUUUAAAAAUUAUCAAGAAUUUCAAGAAAAUUGUUCAAUGAAUGGUGAAUCAUUGACAAUGUAUUCUCAAACGAGCACAAUCAAGUUUAAAGAUUUGUUACUCAGAAUCUCAAAAUCAGCUAGUCCCAGUGUUCCCGUAAAUGAAGAACUUGAUCGUUCAAUCUCAUUUAGUCUUGAUCAAUUGGGUAAAUGUGGGUUUACGUCUUUAGUACAUGGAAUAUAUGAAAUCAAACAGUACAAGGAAAUGGCUAAAGUUGAUGCGUUUAAAGUGUUGGACGAAAUGUCUGUGCAUUUCCCCAUAGAUGAUAAACACAAAUUGAGUAAAGAUUAUGAAAGAAUUGAUUACUUAUUGUUGACAAAUUAUACCAAGAUUUGUGCUGCUUUAAAUAUCAAAUUCAUCAAGGACCAAUUGUGGUUCAAGACAUAUCAGGAUUUAGUUGAUAAUUUCAGUUAUGUGUUCAACAACUUCCCUAGUAAAGGAGAUGAAAAUGUUGAUGAUGAUUAUUUACGAGUUGCUGAUUGUUGUGUACAAUUAGUCAAGUUACUUUCGUUUAGUACUAUAGACGAUGGUGAGCCAAGUCAACAUCUACACCAACGUCCACAAUCUGGUCAAAAGCACAGCUCCGAAAUUAUUGGACAAGCCCCAUUUGAUACUGAUUUCGGAUACUUGGACAAUACAUCGAAUUCAUUUAUCGAUGAUCACAGUUUUCUUCAUCAUGAGGGGAAUAACAACAAUAAUGAAUCUCCCUGUGCAAUCAAGGUGCAAUUUUCAACCCAAUUUGAACCAACCAAUGAUCUAGUCCAUGCACAAAUGUUGUUUCAUGCAUUCAACACCAUGAUUUUAUUCUCAAUUUAUUUGAUUAGACGUAAAUCAUUACUAAGAAAACUGGGGCUUAUCGAUGAUGAAGCACAAGUUGAAUCUUUGAACCAGUUCACAAGCAAGUUGCAUCUGAUGUUGUCACUACUUGAUCAAAUUGAACAACAGUUGAAUCACCGCGGGUACAAAUUCAAUGGAGAAGAGUUUGGUAAUGCGGGCAUUACUAAUCCAUCACCAGUGCAACCUGGUACUGCUUCCAGUGGUAGUCCACAUGUGAAAUUGGAACCAAGUUGGUCUUCAAUAUCAUACACGGCUGGGGGUGCUACUCCUACUGAGGAUGCUUUGAAAAUUGAUUUACAAAAGACAUUACGCAUCCUACAUGUUGGUGAAAUGAUGUUGAAUUAUCUAUACGAAUCUCAAUUACGCGUAUCGAUUUUGAAAAAAGUAGCAUCAAAUUUACUGAUGAUGAAACAAUAUGUGGUUGAAAAUAAAGAUAAAUUGGUAGAAUAA